CUAUCCUUCACCCCAAUAGCCUCCCACCCUUUCUUCCAUCAAAAUGGACCAAUCACUGUCCACUUACACCAACAAAUUACCAUCAUCUAACCCCGACAAACGGCUCUUAACAACCACCAACCCCUUAACAACCACCAAUCCAUUAACAGGAACCCCUUCAUCAAUGAACCCAAUGCAGCAGCAACAGCCACAUCAGCAGCAACACCAACAGCAACAACUCAUGGGUCCUAUGAGUAACCCAGUGGCUCAACAGCUGCUGGGUCUCUCGAGCAACCCGUUGCAGCAGCAGUUAAUGGGUCCCAAAAACAACCCGAUGAUGAACUCAAUGGCAAAUCCGAUGAUGAACUCAAUGGCAAAUCCAAUGAUGAACUCAAUGGUGAAUCCUAUGGGGAACACAAUGCAUACCACCCCGUUGCACCACCAGAUGGUGACACCUGUACACAAUCCACUGAUGCAGCAACAAAACAGAGAUGAAAGGAACUCCAUUUUUAGUGCUUCGGAUGACAAUGUGAUCAUGAAGCAAGUGCUUGAUACUCAUCUCCCUGAUGGCACUGAUGUUGAUGUCAAACCACUUCUCAACAUCGUGGAAGAUAUACUUCGACAUGCCACCAUUAGUGUCGAUUCCACUUCAUCGACUGAGCAUACAGAUCUGGGAAAGCUCGAGGGUAAAAUGGACAACAAACCCCACCAAAUGAACGCUGUUGUGAUGCUUAACUCAUUGUCACAUAUAAUCGACAAACUUGCUUGCGAGAUGUCCUUCAGGUGCUUAAGUGGCGGAGACGGACACACAACUGCCCUCGCCCUAUUUCAUACAGUAGGAAACUUCCACUGGGAUGCAAAACUGGUGUUGACACUUUCAGCUUUUGCUCUCAACUACGGAGAAUUCUGGCUUCUAGCUCAAAUCUAUUCAUCAAACCAACUUGCAAGAUCCAUGGCUAUUCUAAGACAAGUUCCAAUGAUCAUGGAGAAUUCAGCCCCUUUGAAACCUCGAUUUGACAUCCUAAAUAAACUCAUUCGCUCUGUCCUGGAAUUGACUCAAUGCAUCAUGCAGUUUAAAGAGCUUCCAUCCAUGUAUGUUACUACUGAUGUUCCAGCCAUGGCUAGAGCUUUGAACACUCUCCCCACAGCAGUUUACUGGAAUGUUAGAGGGAUUAUCGCUUGUGCUGCACAGAUUACAAGCCUCACUAGCAUGGGACAUGAGUACGGGAUAUCAUCAUCGGAAUUGCAGUCAUGGGAACUCUCCACCUUAAUCCUUAAGAUUAAUCAUUUACACGAGUUUCUCAAGAAACAACUCGAAGAUUGCCACCGUGUUGUAGGAGACAGGAGGGAGAUGGAUUUCAGGAACUCAUUCAAUCAGCUAUUUGAAACAAUCCAUAUCGACAACAUGAAAAUCCUCAGGAUCUUAAUUAGUCCAAGAGAUGACAAUCUGCCACUUUUCGAUGGCGCGACUAAGAAAAGGGUCAGCCUAGAAGUUCUUAGGAAAAGGAAUGUGUUGUUGCUGAUAUCAGGGCUAGACAUGUCUAGCGACGAGUUAUCCAUUCUUGAGCAAAUUUACAGUGAGUCACGAAUUCAAGGAACAAGGCUGGAUGCUUUGUAUGAGGUCGUAUGGAUGCCUAUUGUGGACCCCUCGAUAGAGUACACUGAAGCAAUGAACAAACAGUUUGAAGAGAUGAAGAACAGAAUGCCAUGGUUCUCAGUGUACCACCCUUCCAUCAUUGAUAGGGCAGUCAAAAGGUCAAUUGGUGACAGGUGGCACUUUAGGAGCAAGCCUAUACUCGUAGUGUUGGACCCACAGGGACGGGAGUUGAGCCCCAAUGCGAUUCAUAUGAUGUGGAUUUGGGGAAGCAAUGCAUUCCCUUUCACAAGUGCUAGAGAGGAAGCCUUGUGGAGGGAAGAAACUUGGAGGCUUGAGUUGCUAGUCAGUGGCAUGGACCCCACCAUUCUUAACUGGAUAAGAGAUGACAAAUACAUCUUUUUGUAUGGAGGGGACGAUAUUGAGUGGAUUCGCAAAUUCACAAGCAAUGCAAGAGCCAUGGCAACAGCUGCACGCAUCCCGUUAGAAAUGGCGUAUGUUGGAAAAAGCAAGAAAAGGGAAAAUGUUCGUCGGGCGAUUGCCGCCAUCAAUGUGGAAAAACUUAGUUACUGCUGGCAAGAUACCACUCUGAUUUGGUUCUUCUGGACACGAAUUGAGAGCAUGUUGUUCUCCAAGAUUCAACUUAAGAGGGCUGAUGAUCAAGACCCUAUAAUGCUACAGAUCAAGAAGCUACUGAGCUAUGAUAAGGAUGGAUCAUGGGCUUUGCUCUGUAGAGGAUCACAGAUUCUAACUAAUGGACAUGGAUCCACCAUGUUGCAGACCCCUACUGACUUUGAUCUAUGGAAGGAACAUGUCCCUACAAGGGGUUUUGAUUUGUCAUUUACAGACUACCAUGACAAGCUUCAUGUUGCAGCGAAUAACUGCUGUCGAUUUGAGUUUCCUAUUGCAGCAGGUAGAAUCCCAGAAGGCAUGCGUUGCCCUGAGUGCCAUCGUUUGAUGGAGAAAUACAUUGCUUUCCUUUGUUGCCAUGACCAAACUGGCCUUCUUGAACCCUAUUGAAGAACUGCUAUGAGUAUCAACUAAACUGGCACACUCUACUCUGAUGCCAGUAAGUAUUACUAAGUGAAUAAACAACGGUAUGUGAAUGUUGUUGUUUUUGUCUUCUACUACGAUAAGAUUGUAAUGUGUGAUCGUUUUUACCUGAAUGUAUCCUGGUGGAUCUAAACUGCUUUAUGGAUUAGAACCACUAUGUAAUAAAAUGUUUAUGAAUCUUAUUAUAAAGUCAUUGUUAUAUGUAUUUGAUAUUUU